ACCAAAUCUUUGACAGCACUUCCUGGAGUGGUGUUUGUUGUGGGAAAUAACCACCGUGGUGUUGGACCUCUGGGAGGAGGUGGUGGGGGGAAGACAUUCAGGCUACAUUAACGGCAAGAAGGACGGUACAAAUUACUACACUAUCCCACCUCAAAGCAUGUGGUCGCGGCAGCUUUCGACCGGUUUCAGAUAAGGCAGGAGAAGUGACUGUUGAGACUGAGGAAGGACGCGGUGGAUAUUCACGGACAGCCAGCAGAGCAGUGCAGAGCAGAGCCGCCGACAGCUCGGAGCUGUCGCGAUGUUGUAGCUAAACCAUGGACAGCAGAAUAAAGGAGAAUCCAGAAAGAACAUUUGAUGUGGUUCUACAGGUGGCAUGUCCAACAUCUGAAAAUGAGGAUCCAACCGUGCUGUGGAGCUUCCCCCAGGACCACACAGACCAGGAGGUCCUUCAGACGAUACCAAAGUUCUGCUUUCCCUUUGACGUGGAAAGGGUUUCCCAGAGUCAGGUGGGACAGAAUUUCACCUUUGUGCUGACGGACAUUGACAGCAAACAGAGGUUUGGUUUCUGUCGACUCACUCAAGGCUGCCGGGUCUGCAUAUGUCUGCUCAGUUAUCUACCAUGGUUUGAAAUCUACUACAAGCUGCUAAAUACUCUGGCAGACUACCUAAUGAAACAUCAGGUAAAGGAAAAUGACUUGAAUGACAUGCUGAAUUCUCUCUAUGAUCUGCCUGUGCCAAAGCCCUUCACGCCAGUCAACCUGAGUGUGAAUGAGCAGUUGUAUAUUGCCACUGGGCAAGUACUGAGAGAUCGGCGAAGCAAGGAGCCGCACUCUUACUUCAUCGCCCCGGAUAUCAAUGGACUGCCAACUAUCCCUGAGAGUAGGAACCUGACAGAGUACUUUGUGGCUGUGGACGUCAACAACAUGCUCCAGCUCUAUGCCAGCAUGCUCCACGAACGGCGCAUCAUCAUUACCUCAAGCAAGCUUAGCACUUUAACUGCAUGUGUCCACGGUGCGGCUGCUAUGCUCUUUCCCAUGUACUGGCAGCACAUCUUCAUCCCUGUACUGCCCCCGCAUCUUCUGGACUAUUGCUGUGCACCUAUGCCAUACUUUGUGGGAGUUCAUCUUAGUCUGCUGGAGAGAGUACGCAGUCGAUCACUGGAGGAUGUGAUCAUUCUGAAUGUGGAUACCAACACCCUGGAGAGUCCCUUUGAUGACCUGCACAACCUGCCCAGUGAUGUGGUGUCCUCUCUGAAGAGCAAGCUGAAGAAGCAGUCAACGGCGACAGGAAGUGGUGUGGCGAGGGCCUUCCUGAGAGCGCAGGCCGCUCUGUUCGGAUCGUACCGAGAUGCCCUCAGAUAUAGACCAGGGGAGCCAAUCACAUUCUGUGAGGAGAGCUUUGUGAACCAUCGCUCGAGCACCAUGAGGAGCUUCCUGUCCAUGGCUGUCAACCUUCAGCUCUUCAAACAGUUCAUCGACGGACGGCUGGCCAAAUUGAACGCAGGCCGUGGUUUCACCGACGUGUUUGAAGAGGAGAUCACAGAGGGGGGCUUCUGUGGAAGUAAUUCAAGGUCUUAUCAGCAGUGGAUGAACACUGUAAAGAGAGGAGGAGCACUCUUCAACACAGCUGUGACAAAGGCCAAGAGUCAUGCCAAGAGGGGCAUCCGGGACUUUAAGGGCAAACUGAAAGCGAGGGAAGAAGAAGAAGAAGGGAUGAUGGUCUGUGCAGGGUCUCCCACCAGCACCAAGAGCCUGUCUCCAAGGAGACUGCAGAAGAUGAGACGACACAACUUCAGCAAGUCUCCCAUGAGCAUGGGCCCUCGAGAUCUUGGCUACGGGCUCGAUGAUGAUGAGCUGGACAAUGCGAGCAAGAUCUCCUCUGAAGACAGCGGGGAUGUCCCCUCCUACACCGAGGACAGUGACGACUCCUACUCGCUGGAGCUCGACAUUGACUCUUCCAACUCAGGCCAGAUGAACCUGCUGGAGGAAAUCCUGGACUCUCUCAACACCACAACACUGGAGCAAGGCAAACUCAGCGCUGCCAAGAGCCUUGAUUUCUUCAGGUCCAUGGAUGAUUUAGACUACAGUGCCCCGAACAAACCAGCAAUUUCCAGCGAGUCUAAACCUGAAGAUGAGAGUGGUUGUGGUGGAGGCGGGGAUCAGGGUGGCUGGAAUAUGGGCCAGGACGACAGCGCAGUCCACGGAAAACACCUCCCACCGUCCCCGCGCAGACAGCCCAACAAGAGCAGCAUGAAGGUUUCAAAGAAACAACCUGCGGCAGCUCCUCCAAUGCCCGAAGUCACUGCUGCACCCCCAGCCCAGACUGCUGACGACUCCAAACCCCAGUCACGUCCUCCUCUGCCCAGUUCUGACCCAGCCCCUCAAUAUUUACCUGCAGGACGACAACCAGGACACCGCUUCUCCUACUCGCCUGUACUGCCCCAUAGAAUUACAUCUACAACGCCAUCCCCCACGCUCUCUCACACCUACAGUUCUCCAGUCUCCCACCCAGACUAUUCUCCUGCUCCAGCGGGCCGAUCUCGGACCAUCUCCGACCCCCAAGCCAACACAGAGCCUCCUCAGACCCAGAACCAGACUUCCUCCACCAGCGUCCUGAGGAGGAAGGUUCUGUCCAAGGAGACAGUGAGGCAGUACCAGGAAAAGGCCCUCCAGAGGCCGGGCAGCAAGGGCCAACAGGAGGGUGAGGGGAGCCCAUCGAGGCACAGACAGUCAGCUAUGCCGGUCCCGUGGGAGAAAGAGGUGUCCAAAGAGGGGCUCCUGGGGCUCGGCCUGUGCCUGGGUCAGGGCAAAGGCUCGGGUGCAGCUGUGGUGCAGGAUCAAGGCCUCCUCGAGGAGAUUGAGUCCAUGUGUUGCCUCAGCUCCGUCCUCCAAACCAGCCUGCAGCUCUCACAGGUUCACUGCAACAACAGCCACCACCAGGUCCAGAGCAAAGCCACAGAUGAGUCCUGAGGGACGUCAAAACCUCAGUAUGUAAAACGCCAUAGGUUCUAAUGAAAUCUAUUCACUGUCAUUCUUCUAGAACAAUUAGCUGCACACUCAGAGAACAUGAAGUUUUUUAUCUCAACACCCAGGCAUCAGGAAAAGUUACAAAUUUGAUGUCACACAGGUAGACACAAACUGUUAGCUACAACCUCUACUGCAGGAAAAAGAAAGCGAUGAGGUGAAGCACUGCAGAAUUCUCCAUCUGCCAUCUAUUCUUAUGUUUAUAUGAUUAAACCCUUAUUUUAUGAGUAAAAAUCUGCUGUUGUAAGAGGAGAAUUUUGACCUGUUUCCAACAGAAGUCAACUUGAUUUGGGAAUUUUCCCAGUAUAAAUAUCUGGAUCUCAAAGCAAAAAAGAAUUUUAAAAACAAAGAUCCAUGUGAAAAUACUCUGAUACAGUGGCAGAUAUUUCACAUCCAGCACAAGAUAAGCCCUUUUCAUUCAAAUGAAUUGUGUGCUCUGCUAAAAAAAACAUCACCUUAUGCAUUUAAAGUUCUUAAAAUAAGUGAAAAAUCUUGUGAACAGGAAUAGUGUCACUCCAAAAACACAAACUUGGGCCAUAGCAGUGAGUUUUAUUUGUGUUGCUGUGAGUGCUGUUGUCGCAGUUUAUGAGAUGUUUUGCUUGUUUUAAGAAAAUACAACUCUAUAAACUUAGUUACCAACAAAGACAACAUGGUAAGAGGGAGAUUUUUGCAGUGUCUUUACUCCUCAUUGUAGUAUUUCUGCCUGAAAUCAUUUACAUUUCUGGACAGUAAAUUUGUAAGUGUUGUAAUUGUCAUCUUGUAACAUAUUCACAAUGCAACAAUGACCCAUGAAUUACAUUUUGGUGAAAAUAUAAGUAGUCAACCGGUAAUGGAGGAAUUCUUCAUGUUCCCGCAAGGAAUCUAGAAAAGACUUGGUCAGAAUAAAGAAGGGACGAUAGCUCCUCAACUCACCAUCACGUCAGUCUUUUACUCAGCGUUCCAAACAUUUCACAUGAUCAAGUUGAAUUUGCACUUGCAGAUUAGCAAAUGAUACUCAGUUAUUACUAUCUGGUACUUAAAUCAUUUGAGCAAAAACAAGAGAGACAGGAUUUUCCAGAUACAAGGUCCACUCGGGCCUUUGAAACAAAUUCUACACUGUGUAAUAUACUGUUUUUAUCACCAUGCCUUAAAUGGACAUGUGAUUUGUUUAUAAUACUCUGGUGUCUUAAUCUACAGAUACCAUAACAGGUACUUUUGUAAUCAGGAUAAUGUCAGAUCUUUAAUGCAACAGUUAAUAGUACUCAAACAGCACUGUAUUUAUCUGGAUUAAUAGAAUAGUUAAUAUAUGAUGUGCUUUAAGCUGCUGUUUUUAAUUGCAUUCCAGACAAUGAGAUGUGCAUGUGGAAACCUCUCUUCCUCUCCUCUUCCUGUGUUCCUCAGGACACUGUUGUCACUUUGAAGAGAUGCAAACACACUCAAAAAGCCAGUACCCACGCUCCAUCUCCUCUUCUGUCUCUUUUUCCACCAUCAUCACUCCACUCCUCAUGUCAUCUCUCCUAAUGUUCUGCCUUUUACUGUUCUUCAGCACGUCUCAACUCUCACUCUCAACCUUAAAAAAAUUUAAAAACGGUGGCCAGUUGUUGCAGAGCUUGUGAGGUUUGGAGUGGAUGUGGGAAAAGCAAACUUUAUAGGAUAUGGCUGGCAAUACUCUACAUUUGUGUUAUUAUCUACAAAUCCCAUGGAGAGACCAAAACUAACAAUACAUUAUUCUGUCUCUAGUUGCUUUCAUGACUUCCCUACCCUGUCUGUGGCACUCAGCCCCAAGCCCAUUUGCUCCUACUGAUGAUGUAAACUUUUAAAAUGAGUCACAAAUACUGAAUAUAGUUUCAGUUUUCAGUCUUUAAAAAGGCUGUAACUUCUGUAGUAAAUGAGAUUUGUUGGGGGCUAUUUUCAUCUAGUUAGUUGUUUGAUUAAAUGCUUGGUUUUGGUGUGUUAAUGGGGUUUGUUGAUAUAUAUAAAUCUAGAAUAUCACCAGACCAAUCGUAUAACUCUUAAUCAUCUUCUUUCUGUUUCACAUGAGGAAAUGCAAUCUCUGUCCUUCUAGGUGAGAGUCACACACUGUAAUGUGAUGCAGUGGUUGAUGAUUGUACUGUAACAAAGCAAUACGGUUCUCCUCAGAGAGUAGCUAUGGAUGGAUGUGGAUGUAAUGUGUACAGAGUCUAAAGUAUUUCUAUAACAGACUCUCCUGUGGAGAGAAAUGCCAUGUCCAGGGAUUGUGGGUUCCCAUCAUUCUCUGUGUCGCCGCAAACCCAGAGAAAAGAACAAAAAAAAAAGCUUUUUCAUGUGCUUGUGUUGGGAUUAUUACAUUUAUGGUUCGUUGUUCUUAUGAUUUAUGCCAGACGCCAGUCGGUGUGGCAGUUUAAUAGCAGCUAUUUCUCCACUUUUUGAGUGCUGCUCUGCGUUAACGAUUUGCUCAUAAAGUCUUUGGCGUGCUCCUAAAAGCCCAGGAAUUGGUCCUAGUAAUUCCAAAAAGGAAAAAAAAAGAAAGAAGAGAAAACAGACUCCAGAACAAUCUCUGUACUGGCCUUACUCAUUGCAAACACUUUAAAGAACUUAUUUACUAUGCAAAUAUUUAAAAUUUUGAAAAAGGUCAUUUUUUCCACCUUAUCUUGUACGAUUCUACUUGAACAAUAAUCACAAUCAAAUUAGUUUCUAGUGGGAAUAAGCUUCAUAUGUCCCUAGAUAUUUAACUGUGUGAGCUGAGGUGUGUCUAUGGGUGUUAAAGUUGGAGUGUAUGGUGUGCCUUAUACAGUAAGAGUACCAUCCACGAACACGACAAGGUACAGUAUUAUAGAAAGGAGGAGUAUGCAAUGUUUUCAGACCACCUUAAAUCACAGUAAAGGAACACUGAACAUUUUGGUAUUUAUAUGAUAAACAGACACAGAAACCCCCAUUUGGACCUGAGAAACUGACCUGAAUUGAACUUGGGUACUCACGUUGUUUUUGUAGCUGUUUUGUUUUUCAGUUUUCAGCUGCAGUCCAGCUGGAGCUGCUCAGUGUUUUUCUUUAGCUGCGGUGGACGGUGGGAAUCUUCCUGCCUGUAUUUAAAAGAGGAUCUCUGAAUUUCUCUGGGUUAUUUGUCCUCUUGUAAAUUAGGUAUUUUUCUUUGAUUGUACUAUUAGGUGAUGACCUGUAUAGUUUGUGUUCUCUUUUUCUUUUUGUUCUCUCUCUUUUUUAAACACCUUGAACACUCGUUCUGAGCUGACUGUGUUUAAAAACAUUUCUCAGAGGAGGUUUCUCUAGUUGAUUUCAUAUUGAUGACAGAUUAUUUUCAACUGAAUAGAUGUGUAUUUUUGCUGGUUUGAGUAUAUUUUACAGGGAUAAUAUAUGAUUGGUGUUGUAUGUUGUAAAAGAAAAAAAGACACCUAAUAUUUGAAUGUUUUAGAUUUUAUUUUUGGAGAAAAAAAUAGAGAGAGAAUAUUAACAAAAUGUCACAUGUAGCCAUUCAUGUUCAGAGGCAUUUUUGAUAAGCAGAGACUGAUGCUUGCUUGUACAUGGUACAAUGCUUACUGUUAUAUCUGCAUGUAUGUACCUGUAUGUGCUGUACGCUAUGAUUUUGUUUUGUUUAGUUUUACAGAUGUGGUCUAUUCUUUUGGUCUUAAUUAUUAUUUCAGUAUUUAGCACUUCCAAAAAUGAUGGAAACUAACAUUGGGUUUCGUACGAUACACUCAUUUCUGCCUUGCAUUGGGUAUUGUAGAGUUAAAUGUCAUCUGCCUUGCAUUUUAUGUAGAGGAAAACAUUCCUACUUCUUCAGUUACCAGCUACUGUAAAUCUGACCACAGAGGAUUGUGGGGAGAAAUAAGCAGUGAGUGAGCUGCUGUUAAGUGCGAUAUGAAAAGCUUUAGUAACUGCGCUUACACUAAUGUUGUACAAUGACGAAGAAAUGAUUGUCAGGGGAUUUGCAUUUCAUUGGCUUGUGAUAGGAUACCCAAUGCUCCAACAACAGGGUGUAUUGUAAAGCAGCAAAUAUAUAGCAAGUGCAAGUGUCCUGAAAUAGACAAAUUUGAAGUGAGCAGAAGGUGACAGGUAAUGUAGCAGCUUCUACCUACAUACUAUGGAGUAAAAUACACAGGUUUAACUUUAUAAACAUAGUAACAUCACCUCCCCGAAACCACACAUUAAAAAAUAAAUUAAAAAAAAAAGAAGAUAUUUCCAACAUAGGGACACUGAAUGUUACAAUAAGAAACUUUUUUUGUUUCCAUUUCAGUCUCUUGUUUGGGUAUUGUAAUGAUGAUUAACUCUUCUGUAUGGCAUUUACUGAUUUUCUGAUUCUGUGCACACUUGCAUGUUUUCAUUGCAGAGAAAACAACUGUCUUAACAACUGAGGUCAAUCUAAUGUGCUAUUGAUGAGUAACUUGGUACAACUGCACGUAAUGUACGCACUGUGAACUGAAAAUAAAUUAUACUGUUUCAUUUCUAUGCA